AUGUCUCUCAAGCGCAAGGCCUCGUUCCCAAGCAUUGCAUCUCCGCAAUCUGCUCAGGGCUUCAUCAGCCUGCCUUCUAUGGAUGACAGCCCCAGGCAUCUCCAUUGCCGCACAAGGAAGCGCGUGAGAAAUGAUCGCCCUGACGACCAAAUCGUAUAUCAAAACACUCUUCGCUUGUUGUUCACAGCCCAGCAGCAGGUCCAGCAGGCUCCUACCCCACCGGCAAACCAAGAUGAGGACAUGGAAACAGACACCCCAACCCCUACCGUCGACUGCCGUCAACAGACAUUACUUCAAUUCUUUCGUCCUUCCCAGCCUUCUCGCCAGCCUUGUUCUUCCACGCCAAUAAGCCAAUUCUCGAGCGAAGUCUUGCAAGGUGGGAACGUCUUCCCGCAAGGCCACGGCUUUGGCGGCGCCUCGCCACCCACUUCCAAUUAUGGCGACGCGAUGACGCUUGCUCCUCAACCCGUUGACCGAGACAUGGACAUCGAUAUGGAUACGGGAAGUAACGAGUCAAGUCCCGCGCCCAGGCAGUGGACAGGGCUCGUUGGAUGGAUAUGA